GAAGCAUUCCCAAUCAUAGUUUUUAUCACAUCUCAAAAUAGAAGCGGAGCCACAAUACAACUUUGACUUCGACCUUGUCAUAAACUUAAAAUUCUAGCUCUGUCUCCGUCACGAAAACUUCAUUUUGUAUAAAUACAUAGCCACAACAACAACAAUAAAAACAAAGACAUGUAGGCAACUUUCUACAAAACCUUUAACAACUCUCCACUCUAAGCACCUUUAAAACUCCAACUUUCCUCUUCUUUUCACAUAACACUUUGUGUCUAAUGGAAAUCAACUUUCAAACACAUCAUCAUCAAAAAACAGAAAUCUCAAUGAAAAAAGUAACCAAAUCUAUCAAGGGAAGAAGAAGAAGCAAUAAUAGUCAUGUUAACAGUAAUAGUAACAAGUUUGUUGGUGUAAGGCAAAGAUCUUCAGGAAAAUGGAUAGCUGAGAUCAAAGACACAACACAUAAAAAAAUAAGAAUGUGGCUUGGAACAUUCGAAACUGCUGAAGAUGCUGCUCGUGCUUACGAUCAAGCUGCUUGUCUCCUUCGUGGAUCAAACACACGAACGAACUUUGUUACUACUCGUGUUUCAGCAGAUUCACAACUUGCUUACAGGAUCAAAAAUCUUAUUGAUAGUAAGAAAAUUGCAAAACAGAACAAACAGGGGAACUCUGUUUUUGGUUCAACAUGUAGUGAGAAAAUUCAAGAAAGUCAUGAACAAGUGCUUAAUUCUAGUGAUGAUAAAACCUUGUAUAAUAAGCCUACAACUAUCACGACUCCUAUGACUCAGUCUCAAACAAGUUGUGAUCGGCUAUAUGAACCCUCACUGACAACGUGUCAUCAUUUAAAUUCAUCAGAGGCGGACAACAACGACUUUUAUAAGCCUGAUAUGAUGAGUUGCUCGAGUUCGUGUAGUUCACAACCUCAAGUGUCAUGGGGAUUUGAAUUUGCUGAAGAAUUGUUAGAUUUUCCUAUUAUGGAUGAGAGUACAAGUGAAAUGGGAUGUACAGAAUUUGAGAGGAUGAAAGUGGAAAGGCAAAUAUCAGCAUCACUUUAUGCUGUGAAUGGUGUUCAAGAAUACAUGGAGAAUGUUCAUGAUAUUGAUGAUUUAUCUCUUUGGGAUCUUCCUCCUUUAUGUUCUUUGUUAUCUUAAAAAAAAAAAAAAUCUCCAAUUGUUUAUGUUGCCAACCAUUUUUGCUUUUGUUUUCUCUCCUUCAGGAAUUAGAAGAGAGAGAUGAAAGAAAGGUAGUUAAGAAAUCUUUUGUUUUACCCCGCCUUGUGAAGGUCACUCGAGUGUCUAUGAUAGAUUGAAUCAGUCUCGUAAUGAAAAUAUG